AUGGACGUGGAUAGUGAAUUGGAGUCGUCCUCUCGUCAAGAACCAGCUACUCAGCUAGACGAUGUUUUGUUUGAAUUUGCUGAGGAAGUAGAUGCUAACGAACGGAGACAUUUGCAGGAGCGGGCAGCGGCAAUGGAAAGAUUUUCAGAUGUUUCUGGCACUGUCCCUCAGACUCACUCCAGGAACGAACAUUCUCAUAUGAUUAAUUCCCAGACCCAAUCUCCGGAGGCAUCCCAUGAAGCGAUUGAUAAUACUCCAAACCACAUUGAAAAUAUGGCAGAAAGUAUCAUUUCAAGUGAUAUUGUACAGGAUGUCGAUUCAUCGGUCAUCCCUUCAGGGCCUAUGUCUAGUAUUCUCAAGGAUCUUAUCUGUCCCAUCUGCCUAGAGUACUUUUUUUUCCCAGUAACAGUAUCUUGUGGGCAUACUUUUUGCCGCUAUUGCAUAGGGCAUAACAAAUUGAACGGUAAAACAUGCCCGCUAUGCCGGCAACCGAUUGGUAAAUCAUUUUCUAUAAAUACAAUAUUGACCAAUUUGGUCAAGUCACUAAAUUUGAGGAGGAGGGUCAAUUCUAUACCUAAGGAGCCGAAUUACUCAUCAGUUGAUGAACAGGAGUGGUGGGAUGAGAACUGUCUUAAGCCACAAGUUUGCGUUGUGUUAUUUUUACGCAUUUAUUUCGGAGAUCAGGCACGUCCCUCCGUGUUUUUUGAUGAUCUGGUUAGUUGUGUUAUAGACUUUUUCAAUUCUAAUAAUUUGUGGGAUCGUUCCAAGUAUCUGUUCACCCUGGCCGAUUUGGUGACCUUGAAGCGUGCAAUUGGGUACGAUAAAUCAGACAAAGAUUCUACUUCACGCCUGCAUAAUUGGGUCGAAGAUCAUCUACUUUCCAACCCUGUACUCUGUUCUCGUCGUGAUGUCACUCCAUUUCUGCUAAAAGUAUUCCAAGACACUAAUCAUAAGAUCGAGGGCAAGUUGUUCUUUUCUAGUGAUAUCCCAAAUAAGUUACCUUGGGAUGCUGGGAGGCAUGCAAAAAGCCUGCUUCACAUGUCCCAUUCUUCAGUAUCCCUAUCACAUUUGUUAAUGGUGCCAAUGCCCGAAUCCAGUGGUGCCAUGUUUGGAUUAGUGGACUGUGGAUCUACAAUUGGUACUAUGAUUAGGCUUAAGUCAAUUCAUACUUUGGCGGAUGGGGAUAGGAUACAUAUAGGUGAUAAGCAUGAAGCUGAAGUUAGCCUAUCUGUUGGAGGUGUUGGUUCGCCUUUCAGGGGCAGCAUGUGGGAUCCUAUCACUCAAUCUGUGGUGGAUCAUAUAGAGGCAUCGAACAUUAAAACUCCACUAGAACCAAUUGAUAAUCAUUUGUCUUUGAAGAUAUUUUCCGAUGGGCAGCAGCCCAAAGAUGAGUGGAUCGACCCAAAGGGUGUGAUAAUUGGCAGAGGGCCAAUUUCGCAAUCUGCCUACAAGAAGAUCUCUAUCACCAUCCAAAAUGGAUACAUAUCGCGAGAACAUUGUUUGAUUUUUUACGAUGGAUCGAAGCCAAAUGGUUCUAGGUGGAUUUUAAGGGAUUUGAGUACUUUGGGCACAUUUUUGAAGAUUGCACCCUGUUCUGAUCCCGUACCUAUUUACCCUGGAGUAGUGUUCAAAGUAGGCCAGUGUAAGAUUGAGACGCUCAAAGGUGGAAGCAGCAAUGUAUUGCCUAUGGAGCGGAUGGAGCGUGGCGAUAGGAUGGAAGAGGAAAGGGUGGAUUUUCAUCUCAGAAAUGGUGAAAGGAUCUUUCCUCCCUUCCAUGGAAUUUCUCCCCUGGCCCUGUUCCCCUCCAUACGCCAAGGGCCCUAUGACUACCUGGCCCCCUGGGACCAAGAGAGACCAGAGGCCAUGGACAACCAACGACAACAAGUCGAUCAGCAGCUUCCUAUUUCAUCUUUCCCAGCACCUAUGAACUUCCAGCGAAUUUCUAGCUCACCUGGUGCGCACCAGUCGUUUAUCCCGCCUAAUACGGAUUCUUCUACUAUGGAACAAUCACGCGACCACGGUGGUAGCGUCGACUGCCAUGAACGAAUUGAUGGAUAUCAUCCAUUCACUUCGUCAAUGCCGGUGUCUAACGCUUAUAAUUUUUUGGGGUCCAAUGGAGAAGAUUCGGAUCAAAAUAUGUAUUUUGGGCACCCAGGCAAUCAGUCCCACCUGCCUUAUUCGCUUGGCCUCCCACACGGCCCAUCCGUUAGCUAUCCAGGGCUAGCUCCUGGUGCAGGCACUUUCCAAGGCGGAAUGCAGGCAAUGGUAAGGCACGCCUUUCUUGUGGCAUGGGAUUCGUAUCUGCGCGGAGCUGCCAACAUCAAUCAUGAUGAUCAAUUGCCCGUGCACGCACCCUCCGGUGCCAACGUCAAUUCUCAUCCUAGCGUUGACGGAGGAAAUAACAACCAGUGGAUGGACCAAGAGUAA